GAGUGCCAGUAGCCAAACGCAUGCGACCGGCUAUACGAAACGACAACGGUGGUUUUUCGUAAAGUAAAAGAUUUUCGCGCUUUCUUUUCCAUCGAAAAAAUAUCCCUGUAAAGUUUUGUGCGACUGUUUCUGUGCAAAUGAGUGUCAAUUUGAAAGUUUUUUAGUGAACAGUUUUCGAGAGGUUUCAACUAUCUAACAGCCACAACUCAAACCCUGUGAUGUGACAAACGCCAUCCUUCUAAAAAACUGAAAUAUAAAUAAAUAAAAAAAUGUCCGAAGACAAGGAACAACCGCCAACUACGAAAGCGAACGGGAGUGGCGCAGGGACCGCUGUCGAGGCCACCGAGGCCGAUCCGUGCAUAGAAGACUCUAAAAUCCUGCCGAAAAAACGAUGGCAAAAAUAUCGCGAUGAUGUGUGCGACAAAACCGAUCUAACGAAGAGGAACUUGUAUAUCGGGGUCGCGAUUCUCGUCGCGUGUUUCCUACUUUUUGUCGUGGUGGUCGCGCUAAGUGCCGCGUGGCCGCGUCUCGCGCACAGCAAGCGGUUUCCCGUGUGUCAGGAGUACUCCUGCUUGAAGGCUUCGUCGCAGAUUCGUGAAUCUAUGAACAGUGCUGCGAGUCCUUGUGUAGACCUGUGGAACUUCACAUGCGGUGGUUGGUUAUCGAAGUACCCGCUCCCAAAAGACAGAAGUCGAUGGAACCAGAAGGAGCAGCUAAUGAGGAAAGAAUAUGAGAGGGUCAGAAACCAGAUAGCCAGCCUAAAGCUUCCCAUACCGUUUCAGUCGGUAAAAUGGAAGUUAAAACAUUUUUACGAAUCUUGCCUUGAUUUGGAUAAUAUCAAAUCUGAUGGGUCCAAGCCUUUGACCAAUAUCAUCUCUGAAUUAGGUGCGGGAGGGGAUGUUGGCCAGAAUAUAAAAGCCCCAAAUAGAUUUGGAAACAGUGUCAAAUACUUUUACCUCUCCUGAGUAACACACAGUUGCUCUAAUCAAGAACAAGAUGAGACCUUUAGUGUUAAUCUCCGCUCUAGUGGCCAUAUGUAGUGCCCGUCCAGAAGCACCAGGCGGCUACAACUACGCAGCCCCAGGUGGCGGCUCCAUCGGAGGCGGUUUCUCUUCCGGCGGUUCCAUCGGACACGGUGGUUCCGGGAUCGGAGGUUUCUCUUCCGGCGGUUCCAUUGGACACGGUGGUUCCGGGAUCGGAGGUGGUUUCAUUUCCGGCGGAAACUCCGGUUUCAGCUCCGGUGGAUCUGGAUUCUCUGGAGGCAGCAUUGGUGGUGGUUCCGGAUUCUCCAGUGGCGCUGGAUUCUCCAGCGGCGGUUUUGGAGGUGGUGUCCAAGUACACAAACACGUCUACGUCCAUGUUGCUCCAGAAGAACCGGAAGAAAGACGUCAACAAGCUCCGAUCCAGGUAGCCGCUCCACAGAAACACUACAAGAUCAUCUUCAUUAAGGCUCCGUCUGCCCCAACUCCAACCGCUCCAAUCAUCCCAGUCCAACAACAAAACGAAGAGAAGACCCUCGUAUACGUUCUGGUCAAGAAACCAGAAGAACAACCAGACAUUGUCAUCCCAACUGCCGCUCCAACUCAACCCAGCAAACCGGAAGAAUCGGGGGCGGAAUUGGAGGAGGUAUUGGAGGCGGUAUUGGAGGUGGCAUUGGAGGCGGUAUCGGAGGCGGCGUUGGAGGAGGAAUUGGCGGUGGUAUCGGAGGCGGUAUCUCUGGCUCUGGAAUCGACGUCCACUCAUCUUCCUUGGGAGGUGGUUCCUCAAUCUCUUCCGGAUCUUUCACCUCUUCUGGAUCCGGCGGUGUCUCCGGCAAAUACGGAGUACCCGGAGCUCACGGUUAUUAAGCCGGAGUCAAGUCAAUCUCAGCAGCAACUCAUCCUACGGGUACAAGGCCUUUUCCAUUUAUCAAUUUUGUUUGGGUAUAGUGAGUCUGCUAUAAGUAAAACAAGAGGUUACAAGUGGUAUAAGAGUUUCCAAGAUGGUUGUGAAGACGUUGAAGAUGACGAACGCCCCGAACGCACAAGCACAUUAACAACCGAUAAAAACAUGGAAAAAGAGGAAGAAAUUGUUAUAAACCAUCAGAGAAGUCGCUGA